GGUCGGAGGGGCCUCUUAAUUGCGUCUCCUGCUGCUGCUGUCAUACAAUCUUCACAGGACAUACAUGAGGGUGCGCGGUGUCCCUUGUGAAGGGGGUAGUGCAAGGAUUCGGAAUGAUGGGAGCUCUGGAAUCAUCCGCAACGUGCAUCCCACGCAGGCUAUCUUGCACGGCAGCAGCGCGGCGAAUGUAGCCCUCAGGUGCUUGGGUAGGGGCCUGCCUGAUCAUGGUUUUUUCAUUCGGGGAGAGGUGGAUUGAGCCGAGAUGAGUCUCGUUGAACGACAUCUUUAUCCAUCCGAGCACCCCAAUCCGCAGAUGCCUCCGGAGACCUGAAGGGGUAUUUGAUAAGCUAUUGUGGAUGCAGCAACAGGGAUGAUUUUUUUAUGAAAAAAUUUAUUCGGGAGGCCGCUGGUGUGUAGUGGAAAUUUUGAAUGGUGUUUCAGCUGCUGUUAUGGCCCGGGGGAGAGUGAGGGAAGUCUGAAACAGACACCGGUGGAGAGGCCGUGAAAUUCUGGGAGUUGAUUGUUUGUGGCGAGAGUAUGUGGGUUGCAGGUGUUUGGACUCAGGGAAGAAUUUUGGAUUCACUGAGAGAGGGAAUUGGUCACCACUUGUGACUGUCCUCGUCUACCCCGAGGCGAAAGAAGCGUUGUGAGGUUUAAGCGAGGUUUUUCCCAAGUGAAAAUUGAGCACUGUCGCCGCAGUGGCACUUGGCAAUCUUCAUUGAGUCCUCGGCGCAAGUAAAAUGGCUCCUAGGGCCGGCAAAGCCAAGGUCGGGAAGAUCAAGGGCGAGAAGAAGAAGAGGGAGGAAAAAAUUCUCCCAGCUGUGUUGGACCUCCAGGUAGUUCUUCCCGACGAGAAUCAAAUCACACUGAAGGCAAUCACUACGGAUCGUCUUCUCGAUGUGCGAAGGCUGCUCGCUGUGAAUGUUGAAACUUGCCACGUUACGAAUUACUCAUUCUCGCACGAGGUCCGAGGAAAUAAAUUGCGUGACACAUUCGAAGUUACUGCAUUGAAGCCUUGUGUCCUCACCCUUGUAGAAGAGGAUUAUACCUCAGAUUCGGCUAUCGCUCACGUAAGGAGAUUUCUAGACAUUGUUGCAUGCACGCACUUCUUUGGCCCCUCGCCUCAAGCUAAACUGAAGAAUAAUCAAACACAAUCCAAGGAUGGGUUAAAUGGACAGGAUGACAGUACCGCUAAUGCAGAAGCAGAUGGAACCACUGCUCAAGAGGGCAGCUUGGAGACCGGAAAGGUCUCUAAUCGAGUCUUAACUAAGGUAGAUGAAAAUGUUACUUCUGAGAGGGUGGGUGCGGAAAAGACUACGUUCAGAGGGAAGCCUGAGGCUAUGGCUGCUAUGGCGGCUGCCAAAGAGGCGACAGAGAAGGGUGACAUUGCUGGGAUGUGUCCCCCUUCGAAGCUCGCACAAUUCUUCGAGUUUUUCUCCUUUUCUCACGUUACGGCCCCUGUCCAAUUUAUUAGGCGAUCGUCAAGAAGCCUGUCGGAAACUAAAAUCGGAAGUAAUUUACUUGUCCUCGACGUGAGACUUUGCAAUGGAAAGCUUGUAACUGUAACAGUGAACGAGAAGGGUUUCUCCAGUUGUACUAAGCAGCUUUAUGAGGAACACUCCUUGGUAGCACUGCUCCGGAGACUUAGCAGAGCGUUCGGGAAGGCUUACGACAAUCUGAUGAAAGCACUUCUGGAGCGCAACAAGUUUGGAAAUCUUCCACAUGGUUUUCGCUCCAAUACAUGGGUAGUUCCCCCAGUCGUAGCCAAUGCCCCUGCAGAAUUCCCUUCACUUCCCACAGAAGACUCUGCGUGGGGUGGCAAUGGAGGAGGUAAAGGGAAGGACGACCCUGGUUCCACUCGUAAUUGGGCACAAGAUUUUGCUACCCUCGCCACCAUGCCAUGUGCAACAGCGGAGGAGCGUGAGAGUCGAGAUCGGAAGACAUUUCUUCUGCAUAGUGUCUUCGUGGAUCGCGCCAUAGCUGAGGCGACCAAUAUUGUCCAACAGUACCAGGACGUGGGCGUGCAAAGUGAAGUGCUUUUAGAAGAAAGAGAGAACAUUAAGUUUUCAGUACGAAGAGACAUCUCAGAUGCAAGUAAGAAGGUUGAGUCAACAAUUCGAGCCGGUCAAUUCCAGGGUUUGCAGGAGACGGGUCUCGCAAUGAGGAACCUGGUGAAGGGUAUUACAGCUAAUGAGAGCACGAGUAUACAUGACACUGCAUCCUUGGGCCAAGUAUUUGUCCGUCACAGGGGAUACAUUGUUGUAGCUGAAGCUGCUGGUCCUGUUCUGGAAGAUGGACAGAAUGCUCCCACUGAGGUAAUUAUUGAUGAACAGCCUGAUGGUGGGGCGAAUGCCUUGAACGUUAACAGUCUCCGUACGCUGUUGCACAGCAAGCAGAAAGGUAAUGCACGUCCGGCUGCAGACGUCGACCAGGUUCGCAUUGCCCAAGAGCUUCUUUCUUCAAUACUCCAGGAGAGCACGAAAUCCCUGGAGGACGAAGAAGGGAGACGUCCUGCAUUCCUGCGAUGGGAGCUUGGUGCGUGCUGGGUUCAACACCUUCAGACUGAGGCAGCUGCUUUGAAGGAGAAAAAAGAAUUGGCUGCGAAGGAUAGUAGUGAAGGUGGUAAUAAGGCUGCUGUCAAGUCCAGUAGUGCCGCAUCUGAGAAAAGUCAAAGUGCAGAGGAGUGUAUGCAGGGAGCUGGAAAUGCUGCGCCUGAGCUUGCAGUACCAGCAGAGUUGAUGAGACAUUUAUCUUCUUGUACCCUUGCUCGUCUGAACGAGUCCGCAUCGUUACUUCAGUGCAAGUCACUGGAAGAGCUAAUGGACGGAGCGCGACACUACUAUGAAGACGUAGCACUUCCGAAGUUGGUGGCAGACUUUGGAUCCCUUGAGCUCUCACCAGUGGAUGGACGUACUCUUACAGAUUUCAUGCACACUCGGGGUCUACAGAUGCGUUCCUUGGGGAGAGUGGCGGAUCUAGCUGUUAAGUUGCCUCAUGUGCAAGCUCUCUGCGUGCAUGAAAUGGUGGUUCGUGCAUACAAGCAUCUACUGCAGGCUCUAGUAGCUGCAACGAAAUCGACAUCUGAUUUGGCAGCAAAUAUAGCUGAAGCUCUAAAUUUAAUGCUUGGGACAGCGAUGGAGGAAGAAAAUACUGCCGUUUAUCAGUGGGUUAAGACAUUUGUCAACAAGCGCUUUGGUUGGAAACUCGACAAAAGAAAGGAAUUUGCAGAGAUUCGGAAGUAUGCUGUUCUUCGAGGAUUAUGUCACAAAGUGGGUAUCGAAGUCGCCCCCCGUGACUACGCUUUCGAUACCUCAACGCCAUUUAGGAAAACCGACAUUAUAAGCAUGGUUCCAGUGUACAAGCAGGUUGCCUACUCUUCUGCUGACGGCAAAACAUUGCUGGAAUCAUCUAAGACAGCGCUUGACAAGGGUAAACUUGAUGAUGCAGUGGCAUAUGGUACUAAUGCCUUGGCGAAGUUAGUAGCUGUUUGCGGACCUUAUCAUCGAAUGACUGCAGGUGCGUACAGCUUAUUGGCAGUAGUGCUGUAUCACACAGGAGACUUCAAUCAGGCAACAAUCUAUCAACAAAAGGCCUUGGACAUUAAUGAGCGAGAGCUUGGUCUAGAUCAUCCAGAUACCAUGAAGAGUUAUGGGGAUCUGGCAGUAUUUUAUUAUCGCCUUCAACAUACGGAAUUGGCACUGAAGUAUGUUAAUAGAGCACUGUACUUGCUACAUUUAAUAUGCGGUCCUUCCCAUCCAAACACUGCAGCAACAUACAUUAACGUCGCGAUGAUGGAAGAGGGCCUGGGAAACAUUCAUGUUGCUCUGAGGUAUUUACACGAGGCUCUGAUCUGCAAUCAGCGGCUUCUGGGAGCUGACCACAUUCAGACUGCUGCGAGUUAUCACGCUAUCGCAAUUGCGCUUUCCCUGAUGGAGGCGUACUCCCUCAGUGUCCAGCAUGAACAAACCACCUUACAGAUUUUACAAGCUAAGCUUGGUACAGACGAUCUUCGAACACAGGAUGCAGCCGCCUGGCUGGAGUACUUUGAUUCUAAAGCUCUGGAGCAACAGGAAGUUGCUCGGAUGGGAACGCCAAAACCUGACGCUUCAAUUGCCAGCAAAGGCCACCUUAGUGUUUCGGAUCUUUUGGAGUACAUCAAUGAAGCUGAGCAGAAAGACAAAGAAGCCCUCAAGCGAAAGGCGCGGAAAGCUAAGCUUCAGGGUAAAGACCUAGGUGCCCCGCAAGGCCUGUUUUCAUCAUCUCAAACUAGCACAUCUGAAGGUGCUAUUGAAGAUGAUUCCGAAACUGUCGUUGAUACUGAGCCUUCAGCGGAAACGAUGGAGACUAUAUCGUCGCGAGUGGCAUUGGAGCCUGAGCAGACCCUGAUUUCUUCUUCACCAGUCAGCGAGGCUGUAGCUCUUCAAGUGGAACCAUCAGUAACUUCCACAGAUGAUGAAGAAGGCUGGCAGGAAGCCAUCUACAGAGCUAGAUCCAUAGCUAGUAAGAGGAGACCCAUCCAUGGGCAUUUGAGUCAAGAUUCAACCCGAAAGGGUUCACCUAGUUAUCACAGAUCUCAAGGUUCGGGUAACGCAAGUGGUGGCGACUACAGCCGUGGAAGAAGCGGCGGUCCAAAGGGAAACAAUCAUGGCAACGAAAAUUUGCAACCACACGCAGCUGGUUUAGGAGUUUCCGGUAAAUGUUCUUCGAGGAGAAUGCUUGCAGGUCCUGCUCAACCUGUUUCGUCGUCUAAGACAGUUCCUGUGGUAGUCGCUGUGCCUGCCACACCUGAAGUAAAUAAUGAAAAAAAGGAAGUAGAAAGCGUGAACCAGGAAUCUAUGGUGUCUCAACCUCAUGCACCAGUUCGCCAGCACUCGACUAAGUUUUCGAAGACGGGGGUACCUGGAAAAGGGUCCUUUUCUUACAAGGAGGUUGCACUGACUUCUCCAGGAACUAUGUUGCAAUUACGCUCAGUGUUGGAGGCAUCAACCGUUACAAAUGCCUCGCAUCAGGGUAAUGUUGCUCCAUCUGUUUCUUCUGAAACCAUGAAGACAGUGGAUGAUGCUCAAGUUGAAGCUGCCCCGAUUGAGGCCUCUUCAGUAGAGGCUACUCCAGCAGAAGACGUGGACACCAAACGCACUGUCUCUGAAACGGCCAACUUAUCUGCUGCAUCUACCUCAACACCGGCAGAGGUGGAGGUGGAAGUGGAGCCUAAGGAACGGAUUAUUGAAACCGUUGAGCCUUCAGUCCCUGCUCUAUCAUUGAAGAUUCCUCCUCAAGGCUCGUGUGAGCUAAAUGACAGUGUGACGACAGACAAGCCUAUGGGAGACGAAAGUCCCGAGUGCAGAACAGCCGAAGCCAUUGAUGAACAAACGCCUGUUCUCGCUACAAACUCUACUGACGGCGGUUCUGAAGGCACAACGAACGUCACUUCGGAGACGGUCGAUAUGGCAUCCCCCAGAAGUGAUGAUGAUUCGUCUGCUGCUGCGGCCAGGAGAUUAUCAGCUGCAGCACCACCAUUCAACUCGAAUGGUUCCUCCACGACCAGUGUCUCCCUCAGAGCUGUCGCCGUUACCCCAUUCAAGGAUGGGAGAAGUCCACCAGCUGGAGCGGGUCAUCGCCCACAAAUCACUGUGCCGCCUCCUCCAGUCCCCGCUACAGUAGCAGUUACCCCGAUUUGCAAAGUGACCCACGCAACCUUAGCAGCUCCACCAGUAUACUACAUUGACCCAUUGCCCCAUAUGGGAGUCAUGCAUGGCGGCGUAGUGCCACUUCGUCUGCCACCUUUUCCUCCCAAUGCUCUCGUAGAUGAAGCUCAUCCCCCCCUUCGUAAGAUUUCUUCCCCGUUACCAACUCGAACGAAGAAGAUGAAUCCAGACGCAGCGGAGUUCAUCCCAUCGUACCUGAGAGAUUUACCCGUCUUGUCAACGCACCCUCGGGCCGCUUCAGCUGAGAACCUCCCAUCUGCCGCACAACUAGAAAGACGGGAUUCUAGUGCACUCGCAGAUGCGGCACCUGGAUCCGCCAGUAUUGGCGAUGGUAAUGCCAAUGAGGCUGACGAAACUGUGCAGUCCGAUGGGGUAGACGCUAACCGGCCAGUUAACAGAGUCCCCGACGCAGAGGACCAAUCCCGGGUGAAUUCAAUGGCAUCUCACCCUGAAACUGAGAGCGGCACUCCACAUGAAGUGAAACGCGUCACAGUCCAAUAACGAUUCGUACAUACGGGAGGGCAACUAUUGACCUGAUAGAAGAAGCCGAAGCAGCUGUACAAACAAAUUUUGACAGGGAGUUUAGGAGAUGACGACUCCAUGAAAAAAAAAAAAAACAAAACAAAACAAAAACAAAAA